AUGGACGGACAGCCCAAAGCCGCACGGGUCAGUGGGAUCCCACGGCCCGCAAGUGGCAUUCCACGGCCAGCUUCACGCUUGCCCUUACCCACCAGCACGGCCUCCAAAUCGAUCAAGCCAUCGCCCUCCCGAGACAGAUUGCGGGCCGACCCGGGCUUAGAUGAGCGGAGGUUGCGACGGCCAUCAUACGACACCUUAGUGAAGAAGCCCUCCUCGCGCUUUCUGGCACCGCCAAAGCAGGAGGAGCCGGUCUCGGUACCUACACAGGUGGAAACUCCAGGCGACGAAGGUGAUACCCAGAUUUCGGAGGAACUGAGCUCGGUUGCCGGAGACGAUGAUACAGCAUCGGUCGCGUCAGCACAGGAAGCCCGGGGUCGCCGUGAUGUACGCCCGUCGCUGUCAGAGCGGACCCUUGAGACCUUGGCACAAAUCCCACCAUCGCCUGCUUCGGUGAGAAGACAAUCCAGCUUUUUCAACGGCUCCAGUCCAAUCCGAUCACCAUCGCGUGCCCCGUCCAAUGUAUCGAGUGUGUCGAGAUCACCUUCCCGAGCAUCGUCCAGUGCAACGAACAAUGAGAUGUACACCCAGCCCGUCUCCAAGUUACGUCUCCCCUCUGCGACGUCUCGCAUUCCCGCUACAUCAUCGCUUUCUCCAGUUCGUACCUCCGAGGACAGCGUGAGCCCAUCACGAUUAAAGCAACCGAAACCUCGACAAAGCCUGGCCAUGACAGAUGGCUCUCACUCAGAAACCAGCUCUCCCCCGAAGAAGACUCUACCAGAGAGACCCAUUGGCACCAAGGAUACAGGCAGGCUUUCACUCGCACGCCCAUCGUCGAGCGGGACUGCUGCGAAGCCCUUGACCAAGUCGAUCAAGACAAACAUGGGUCCACCAGAGAGACCGCUCCAGAUCAAGAAAACACGCAAAGCAGGAACAGAGCAGACCACAAAUGAACGCUCUCCUUCCACAUCAAAACAUGCCUCUGCCUCUAGCAUGCAAGACGAACUCACCCCUGAGCAACAAGCAGAAAGCGAUGCCAGGAAAGCAUCCAAAUCCUCGAGCAGCUUGCGUGAGACCAUAGCAAGGGCGAAGGCUGCACGCAAGGCAGUCGCGGCAGGAGAGAAGAAGGAUGAUCCCCAGACGCCAGCGUCUGAGGCACCUAUUGCCAAUUCGUGGGGAGCUGUUGAAGAUGAAGAUCCGUUCAACCAGCUGCCCAAAGAGCCCAACUCCUUGGUGAUGCGGAAGCGCGUCCAGACAGCCCGCGCCACGGGACAGCUGAAUAUUGCUGCAUUCUCUUUGACGGAGAUACCGAAGGAGGUGCUGACAAUGUACGACUAUGAUGCAGACAACGCAAACUGGUUCGAAAAUGUAGACCUUGUCAAAUUCAUUGCUGCGGACAAUGAGUUAGAGCAUAUCUCAGAUGAAGUCUUCCCGGACAUCAAUCCCGAUGAUUUCGACGCAGACAGCGAUGAUCGUGGCUUGCAGUUUGGAGGUCUUGAGACUUUGGACCUCCAUGGCAACAUCCUGAAGUCAUUACCAAUGGGCUUGAGACGGAUGCAGAAUUUGCGCACUCUCAAUUUAUCAAAUAAUUCCUUGGAUAUGGAGCAUAUUGAGAUUAUAUCAGAGAUGACUUCUCUGACUGAUCUGAAACUUGCCAACAAUCAACUUGAAGGUGUUUUGGCGCCUUUCAUAGGCCGACUUGACAAGUUGGAGUCCUUGGACUUGCGCGGCAACAAACUUACUGGACUUCCAGAGGAACUUGCUGGAAUGAAAUCUCUGAGGACGCUAGAUGUCAGCGAAAACAAAUUGACAUUCAUGCCCUUCGACGUAUUCAGCAAAUUACCUCUGAAAACGCUGAAUGCGCAGAAGAACAAGCUAGAAGGCACUUUGAUCCCCGCCUCUGUGGGUCGUUGGGAGACAUUGCAGCUGUUGAAUAUUGCGAAUAAUGCCGUGGUGGUGUUUUCGUCUAAUGACACUCUUGACCUUCCCAAUUUACAUACUCUACUCAUUGGAGUCAACCGCAUCACGCAUCUCCCAUGUGUGGCUUCGUGGCAGUCACUCUUGACUCUGUCAGCAGAAGAAAACAAAAUAUCAGAACUCCCAACUGGAUUUGUGGAGCUCAAAAGCAUCAAGAAGGCCGAUUUCACAGGAAAUGACCUCACUCGUUUGGAUGACAAGAUGGGACUGAUGGAGAGCCUUACCUCCUUAAAGGUGGCCAACAACCCACUCCGUGAACGUCGGCUCUUGAAUAUGGACACAGAAGAUAUCAAACGAGACCUGCGAAGCCGAUGUGAGCCAGACCCGCAGGAUACAGACGAUGAAGGCUCGGUGGCCACUCAGUUCACACUGGCACCUGAAAACCCAGCGCUUGACGGGAGCUGGCAGAUCAAAUCUGGCGGCACGCUAGACAAGUCAUUCGCCGAUAUGACCGAUCUCACAGUUGAGCAGUUGGAGAUGAUUGGUUCGCAGGACAUCAGGUCUCUCUACCUGCAGCAGAAUCAAUUGAGCCGUUUCCCAGCCCCGGCACUCGCAUUUUUGGCGCAUAAUCUAGUGGAGCUUGAUCUCUCUCACAAUCCCAUGAACGGGUCUGAGUUCUUGUCUGCCCCUCUUGAGCUCCCAAAACUUCAGUCGCUGACUCUCAAUGCAACCUGCAUGGUCUCCUGGGAGCCUCUUCUGACUAACCUGGUAGCCCCGUCUUUGACCUUUUUGGAUGUCUCGCACAAUCGAUUGAAUGGACCUUUCCCUAAUUUGCGAUCCACCUAUCCAGAGCUCAAGACAGUUGUUGCCUCCGACAACAAGGUUGCUAGCCUGGACUUUGAGUCGGUGCAAGGGUUGCAGGUCUUGGAACUCAGCAAUAAUGACAUUGAUUCUCUGCCCCCCAAAGUCGGCUUACUAGCUGCUGACCGCGACCCGCAGAACUGGGGUACUGGAUCGGCUCUCAGGCGCUUUGAGGUCGCUGGCAACCGAUUCAGAGUUCCUCGGUGGCAGGUCGUCGCAAAGGGGACGGAUGCCAUUUUGGAAUUCUUGCGAGGGCGCAUCCCAACCAGUGAUCUCCCAGAAUGGGAGAGGGAAGAUGAAGUCACUGAAGAGCUCUAG